CAGACGCCCCAUACGAUCAAGCCAAGAAUCUGAAACAGUGAGACUUAGUGCCCAGCCCACUCCAUCAUAUCAACGCGUCCGCCUGAAAUCGUUCACCACAACACAAUGCUAGCAGCCACGAGAACAAGCCUACGGAGCCAGCUUCGAGUCGUCCGCCAGCGGCAAGUGCUACUCCACUCACCGUCCCCUCGUUUGGUCACCUUCCUGGCGAGAUACAUCCAGUCGUCCACCUCGUCCAAGUUCAACGCGGUGGUCGAGAACCUUGUCGAAGACUUGAAGGAAGACGGCGAGGAAAAGGGCAACAAAGACGACAAGGAAGAGGAAAAGACGUCCCGGCUCAAGGCAUUCCUCCUCAAAUGUGCGGAAACUGCAGGUAUCACCUUCAGUUCCAUCGCCAUUCUUGGGUUUGCGGGGUUGUUGUACCACAAGUUCUACGGCCUCCACGUAUUGGACAAGAUCGACAAGUCCUUUGAUGUGGGGGACCCUGCGUCCGAGCUCAUCAUGCAUACCCGAACCCACCAGGCCUACGCAGACCACGAGGCCAGCCAGCACUGGGUAGAACGUCCCCAACAGAAACUCCUCGACGAUAUCGUCAAUGGUGACAUCAUCGGGAGAUACUUCCUCAUAGUGGGCGAAAAGGGAACGGGAAAGACUUCAUUGUUGUUGGAGUCGAUUAAAAAAGUCAGUGGGUACAAUGUCACCAUGUUCGAUGCCCACGCUGACCCUGAAAUCUUUCGUAUCAGACUUGGAAAGGCCCUCAAUUUUGCCUACAGCGAGGACUACAUCGGGUCUUUGUUCUCCAUCAGAGGCCCUAGAGACACCACCGCCUUGCUCGAUAUCGAAAGAGCAUUUGGAAAACUUGAAGAAUUAGCCAUCAAGAGAGUUGAAAAGACCAAGAAACCAUUGAUCAUGGUGAUCAACAAUUCCCAUUUGAUCAAAGAGAACGAAGAAGGCAUCAAGUUGUUAGAGUUGCUCCAGCAGAAGGCAGAGAGCCUCAGUAGCUCGGGUUUGGUCACUAUAAUCUUCAACAGUGAUGACUACUGGGUGUACGAAAAGCUUAAGAAGUUGGGAACCAGAUUGGAGUUGAUCAACGUCCGUGAUUUCACCAGAAAGGAAACUGUUAGUGCCCUUAAAUACAUCAGACAUCGGUUCUUUCCUCAACAAGAAUUCAAAUUGAACGAUGACCAGUGCCACCAGAUCUAUGACUUGAUAGGAGGAAGACCUCAACACAUCUCUCAAGUUGCAAGACAUAGGGACAUCAUAAGGGCGUGCCACGAGAUCAUUGAUCGCGAGAAAACUUGGUUCCUCAAUCAGUGUGGGUUGUUGGGAAUGACCAUGGAUGAUGACGUUAUGGAAUUCGGAAAGUUCUCAUCCAGUGCCAUGUUGUUAAUGAGGGAGUUUGUGCAAAUGGACAGGGAACGUCAAAACAACUUGAUCACUGGGAACUUUAGCAAGCAAGACCCUCAUGCAAGCUAUAAAGACCACCAUCUCCCUGAGUUGCCUCUAUGGAGAAGUAGGCAAAUCAUGACUCGUGCGGACUACAUUCAAGCCUAUGACAACUUGAAUAUCUUCACGUUGGACUCGGAAUCCCGGGUCAAGGCCGAUUCAGUACCGAUGAUGAGAGCUUUCCACGAAAUUGCCUCGCAGCCUCACUUUGAUGAACUUUUGGAAGAUACCAUUCAAAGGGUUGCCGAUAUCGAAUCGCUCAAUAGAACACGGGAGCUUGUUUCCAAAGACUUGAACUUGGGGUCCACGUACCGUAUUUACAAAAAGGAUAAUCAUUUUGAAGUGGGGAUCAAGAAGGGGGCCAAGCAUGUGGAAAUCCACGGGGAUUUUCCGGAGCCCCAGCUAAGUGCUGAACAUGGACAUGAGGUGGUGGAGGAUGACGAUGAUGAUGAGGAGCUCUAUUUGGAGGAUGUCAAGCGUAAGGACGUGCGGAAGUGGUGGAACAAAAGAAUGCAGGGCUUUGAUCACAAGCCCUUGACUGUCAGCAAUGAGCACGAUCUCGAUUUGAAUAGACGUUAGGUAAGAAAAUAUAGUAGGAGCAAUCGAAGUCUAUCAUUCAACCAUAGUAGAAACAAUAGCCGAAAACUAGGCAGAGGCGUUUCAAGGCUUUGUAGGCUUGCGAUAGUGGACCCAACUACAAAAGCAUCUGCCUGGAGUGACUCACCAGUCGACUUUGCUCUGCUGCACUUUGUCGCUUCAACUGUCUCCUAAUGAGAUUUGGUGUAACUCUCCAAUUACACAUUAUCCCUACUACUGAGACCCUCGAGACGACACGCCAUGGGCAGCACAAGAGUCAACUGCUAGUUGUAGCACUCCCUGGGCCA